AAAUUGCUGGGAAGAUUACUCACAGUAAAUACGGUCAUGUUCAAGUUCGCUUUGACCCUAACGCUCUGCUUGGCGGGCAGCCUUUCGCUGGCCCAGCACAAUCCCCAUUGGUGGGGCAAUCGCAACACCAUCGUCCACUUGUUCGAGUGGAAGUGGUCGGACAUUGCCCAGGAGUGUGAGAGUUUUCUGGGACCCCGAGGAUUCGCCGGCGUUCAAGUGAGCCCCGUUAAUGAGAACAUCAUAUCGGCGGGUCGUCCAUGGUGGGAGCGAUACCAACCCAUCUCGUACAAGCUGACCACUCGUUCUGGUAAUGAGGAGGAAUUCGGUGACAUGGUGCGUCGUUGCAACGAUGUGGGUGUUCGUAUCUAUGUGGAUGUGCUGUUGAAUCACAUGUCCGGCGAUUUUGAUGGUGUGGCUGUCGGCACUGCCGGAACAGAGGCGGAACCCAGGAAGAAAUCUUUCCCAGGAGUUCCAUACACCGCACAGGACUUCCAUCCCACCUGCGAGAUUACCGACUGGAACGAUCGCUUCCAGGUGCAACAGUGCGAACUGGUUGGCCUCAAGGAUCUCGACCAGAGCAGCGACUGGGUGAGGAGCAAGCUUAUUGAGUUCCUGGAUCACCUCAUCGAACUGGGUGUUGCUGGUUUCCGGGUGGAUGCCGCCAAGCACAUGGCAUCAGAGGAUCUAGAGUACAUCUACAGCAGCUUGAGCAACCUGAAUAUCGAUCACGGAUUUCCCCACAACUCCCGCCCCUUCAUCUUCCAGGAGGUAAUUGAUCACGGUCACGAAACCGUGUCCCGUGAUGAGUACAAGGAAUUGGGUGCCGUCACCGAGUUCCGAUUCUCCGAGGAGAUUGGCAACGCCUUCCGUGGCAACAACGCACUGAAGUGGCUGCAGAGCUGGGGCACCGGUUGGGGAUUCUUGCCCUCGGGUCAGGCCUUGACCUUUGUGGACAACCACGAUAACCAGAGAGACGCGGGUGCCGUGCUGAACUACAAGUCCCCCAGGCAGUACAAGAUGGCAACCGCCUUCCAUUUGGCCUAUCCCUACGGCAUCAGUCGGGUGAUGAGCUCGUUCGCCUUCGAUGACCACGAUACCCCGCCGCCGCAGGAUGUGCAGGAGAGGAUUAUUUCUCCCGAGUUCGAUGAGGAUGGAGCCUGCGUGAAUGGCUGGAUUUGCGAGCACCGUUGGCGUCAGAUCUACGCGAUGGUGGGCUUCAAGAACGCCGUGCGGGAUACGGAGAUCACCGGUUGGUGGGACAAUGGAGACAACCAGAUCUCCUUCUGUCGCGGCAACAAGGGCUUCCUGGCGAUCAACAACAACCUGUACGAUCUGUCGCAGGAUCUGAACACCUGUCUGCCCGCCGGAACCUACUGCGAUGUGAUUUCCGGCAGCCUGAUUGACGGAUCUUGCACCGGAAAAUCGGUCACUGUGAACGAGAAUGGUUAUGGCUAUAUCCACAUCGGAUCCGAUGACUUCGACGGUGUGCUGGCCCUGCAUGUGGAUGCCAAAGUUUAAGUAAAGGUAACACAGAAAUCUGGGCUUUAUUUUUGUCUCAAAUUACAAUAAAAACGAACGCACAUAAUGUUUGGAGGUAUUAGCUCUAACUAUUCGAGUAUGUUUGUGAGCGGUAACAAUAGCAAUAAAAAUGCAAAGUAAGGUAUUUAA